AUGGUAGCUCUGUCUAAUAAUUAUGUUUUUGUUGAUCCGAUUGCAUGCUCAUUGUUGAUUGAAUUUCCGCGUCAAUUUAUACUGAACAUUCGAAGAAGCAACGAACAAAGAACAAUCGACGGAAUUUCUCCUUCUUGCGCGGAAUCAUCAGUCGGCGACCCCUGCUCACUUCCAAAUCGGUUAACAUGGUUAUUGGUCAGCUAUCUCAUCGUAUUCUAUGAACUUGCGAUUGUUUUCGGACCUGAUAUAUGGAGUGAUUAUUAUCCGAUGUGUGCGGGUAAAUCUCAAUCACCUAUAAAUAUUCUAUCUGCUUGUACAAAAUAUGUCAAACUCCACCCAUUUAAGUUCUCUCCGUCUCACAACGAAAAACAUUACUUUACAUUGAAAAAUAAUGGCCACACAGUUAUUGGUAUUAUCAAUGAUGCGUAUCAGCAAUCACCGCUAACACUGACGGGUGGCGGUUUGAAUGGAACAUUUAAAUUUGUCAAUUUCCAUCUUCAUUGGGGAGAAAAUUAUAAAUCCGGCAGCGAACAUCAAAUAAAUGGAAUCAAAUAUGCUGGUGAAAUACAUUUUGUCUACACCAAUCCACUAACAUCACAGAUGGCUGUGUUAGGCAUAUUUAUGCAAAGUUUUAUAGAUAAUCAACGAAGUCAUUUGAAGAAAGAUGACCAACCAACGCGGGACGAAUGGGAAAGAUAUUUCGAUACGAGCGAAAUAUUAAAAUCGGAAAAUGAUUCGAUUGUAUUUGAUCUUAGCCUCGGUACAUUGAUGGGUGAUGAUUUAGCUGAUUUUUGGAGAUAUCAAGGUUCAUUAACAACACCGCCUUGCACGGAAGGUGUUAUUUGGACGAUAUUUAAAGAGCCGAUUGUUUUUCUUGAAAAUCAAUUUAAAAGUUUCCGAGAUAAUAUCUAUUUCGAAGACUAUCGCGGCCCACAACCUGUUUACAAUCGAACUGUCUACCGCAAUUUUGUUAAUGAAACAUUAUCAUCGAUUCCCGAUUAUAAUCUUUGUUCCAUACAAAAUAGAAAUAAUGGGCCAGAUGUUUGGAGUGAAUUGUAUCCAACAUGCGGAGGUCAACAACAAUCACCAAUCAAUAUUUUGACAGCAUGUACAACUUACCGAAAGUUUCCAUCAUUUGCAUUCGAAUCUGGUUAUUAUCAUCAACAUAAUUUUUCACUACUCAACAAUGGGCAUACCAUCGUUGGAACAUUUGCUAGUGAAAAACAAUUAUCAAGUCUUCGUUUGAGAGGUGGAGAUCUGAAAGGAACAUUUGAUUUCGUGAAUUUUCAUUUACAUUGGGGAGAAAAUCACAAAUCAGGUAGUGAACAUGAAAUAAACGGUCGUCCCUUUCCAGGUGAGAUUCAUUUCGUGUACACAAAUCACCUUACAAAUCAAACUGCAGUACUCGGGAUAUUCAUGAAGAGUACAGCUUAUGAUAACGAAACGGAAAAUAUGAAUAUGCAAUCCAUUGAUGCCGAAACACGUCAAGAAUGGUUGAGAUUUUUCGAUCACGCCCAAAAUUUGACCACGGAAGGUUCGUCAACAAUACUAAGUCUGAAUUUGGAAUAUCUAAUGGGAGAAAAUCUACAUGAUUUUUGGCGAUACAAAGGCUCAUUGACAACCCCACCUUGCACAGAAGGAAUCAUUUGGACGAUAUUUAAAGAGCCGAUAAUGUUCGUGGAAAGCGAGUUUAAAAAUUUUCGAGAAAAUAUCUAUUUUGAAGAUUAUCGUCGACCUCAACCACUGUACACACGGGUUAUCUAUCGCAAUUUUCACAAUGAAACUUUGUCGACUAUACCAGACUAUAAUUGUUGUCCAGCAAAAUCCGUCGGUUAA